UCCGAGCUCGGCGUCAUUCAGUUAUUUCCUGAUUCCAAUCAAGCGAUCUGUACUUCUGUGGAAAAACACCAGCAUUGUCCAAACAGUUUUGGAGCCUCGGGUAGUUGGAGUUAGACUCGUUAAAGGUUUGUUUCUGGUAUUUUUUUUUUCCCGCUAUGGCAGAUGACGGGACGGCUGCCGGGGAACGCGCUUAGCUUAUGCAUCAUCACCAAAUGCAGUCAGAUCUGAAGUCUGGCUGGCCCGCCGCUUGUAACUCGGGAAAUAACGGGAACUGGAAUAACAGUAUGGACGCUCCUCAGUAUCCAGGCUACCCUCCACACUACUGGUAUCCUCAGUCUCAUUCCACAGGACACUAUGCAAACACCUAUCCCUCUGGGUCAGACGUUCAGCCACAGUACAAUCCACAGGUAAUGCCUGGAGGUUAUCCAAAUGGCCAUGGUGUCUACAGCCCAGCGCAGAGUCAAUAUUCAACGAGCGGUUUCCACCCGUCCAACCCUUUUUACUGUGCUGACCCCCAGAGACCGGCUCCAGGUCCUUAUCCCAGCCAAGGCUGUCCAGCGGAGCAGAGCAGUGGGCCGUCUGGCCAGCCGCACUCUCAGCAUCAACAUCAUCACUAUCCUGGUCCACACUGUCAAGGGGCUCCUGGAUAUCCUCCUGGACCAUACCCUCACUAUAGUGAAGGUGGUCAUGCAAUGCCUCCAAACCCCCCGUAUCCCACUGGCCAGUCUCUCCAUCCCAGUCCUCAGGCCGAAGCCUGGGCACACUCUGGUGCGUAUGCACCUUCCCAGCAGCAGUGGCAGCCAGGCCAGCAGCCUCCACAGAACCACUACGGAAAUCCUGUCCGUCCACCACAUCCACCAGCAUGGCCGGGAACCGGAACUGGUGCUCCACCACCUUACCAACCCAAGGACCAACAGCACCAACGAGCCCCACAAGUGGGACCAAAACCCAGACCAACCCCAUCCCCCAAUCCUCCCAACGGAAAGCCUGCAGAAAUAAGUUCACCUCCCCAGAUGUACAGCAAAACCGGGAGAGGUGAGCCUAAUCCUUCACAAGGUGAGCCCCCACCUUUUGCUCCGGCCCAGGCUCCAGCUCCAGGUCAGGCUGGACUUCAGCCCCUGAGUGAUAACCCUGGCCUUGCUAGAGUCCAGCAGGUCAUGGCCAGAGUGCUGCUGCUCCAGGAAGAUGUCAGUGAGUUUGUUGGCAAAAAGACAGACAAGAGUUACCGCUGUCUAGAGGAAUUACUGACCAAAGAGCUUCUGGAGCUGGACUCUGUGGAGACUCAGGGACAGGAGAAUGUCCGGCAAGCCCGAAAGGAAGCUGUGCAGAGGAUCCAGGCCAUUCUGGACCGGCUGGAGAAGAAAGCCUUCUGAACUGGACUUAUUUAUAGGUUCAUGGGCCACUAAAUCUUGCUGUUUUCUUCUUCCAGAUCUUCCAUGGACACAGUGAGGGUCUAUAGUCUUGUUCUUCAGAGCUGUGUUAUCUUUGAGUUUUUGUUUUUCAACCUCCAUGGUAUAACAUGCCUGAAGUAAAUGGCAUGGACUCGAGAACAAGAGUAAUCACUGAUACAUGGAAUCAACCUUCUAAAGCCUAAUUAUGCGGGUAUAAGUGACAUGGGGGCAGCGGAAGUGGAGCCUGAUGGUUGUAGGUGUCUUACGACGUUCAGCCUCAGUGAAUGACUGUGAUGGCGACGCGACCUGACACUCUCGCUCAGCUUCUCUUUUAUGUCAUGCCUUUGCCAGCAUAAAGCAGGACAGAGCCACUGGAAGAUGGAUUUAUUUAGUGCCACAUUGCAACGCUUAGUUGUCUCCAACCUGUGAUACAGAUUCAGAUUCUCGUCAUGCUGUCCCUCAGGAUUGUGGGUCAGUUUUAGUCUGAUCCUACAUCUGACAACACGUGCACUUCCUUAGCUGUCUGUUAUUACACGUCACAGACCAUUUGCAUGAUCAUGAUAUUGUCCUCACCCCCCGAUAGCGUUUGUGCACUUAGUUGCCCAUACUCACUUCGUCACGUCUCUGCAGGAAUAGGUUGCAAUGUUUUCCUUUUCAACUAUGAUCCCAGCCCUGCAUGCACUGUAAUGUCAGAUUAGCACUCAAUACAGUCAUGACAUCUCCAAGCUCAUAAUUGAACCUAGAGUGUAGCAGAUUAGUGAAAACCCCCUAAAGAUUGCUGUCCCCAUUACUCACAUUUUCUGCUUCCCAAAUGCAGACCUAGAAUCAGACCUACAUAUGAAUGCCAUGUAUUUCACUCUAGGAACGACUGCUAUUGCAGACACGUAAGGUCGUGGUUAAGAAUUACUUGAAAAGCUGUUAAACUGUGUUCUUUUUCCUCCCUUCUUGAACACUUGGAAUAUAUAUAAGAAUAAGCAAGUGAAUGGUAUUUUCAGAAGUAAGUUGCUGCAAAUGGUAAAAGAAAGGAUGUACAUGAACAUUUUCAUUUAUGUUGUGUGAUUAAGGACAAUGUUGAUCACAGCGAUUCGAUCAAAUGUUUAGUUUGACCUUGUUUCUGUUUUCUCUAUCCAGCUUCCCAAAUCAUGUUCAUGUGUAGAGCAGGUCCUUUUUUUCCCAGCCAUUCUUGAUGUGUUGAUUUAAAGAAAAAAGAAAAAAAAAAAACAAAAAACAAAUAAAAGAGUGCCAUAUUUCAGGGGAUGGUUUUAUAUAAUUAGAAAAAAAAAUGAAAUAAAUAAAAUAAGAUGACAAGCUUUGCAUGGAAAAAAAAUCAUCUGUCAUAUGUGUUCAUUUUCCUGUGCUGUUACGUUUCUGUUUAGAUGGAGCACAACUGUACAGUUUCAGAUGUAAUGCAUGUUUCCAACACAAGAUGGGAAAAAUUGCCUGAUAAACAUUGAAAUUAUCAGAAGUGAGAAAAAAAUGGAGAAAUUAUUAAAUGUCAGUAUAUUUUUUAA